AUGAAAUAUGCAUCCUCGACAGCCACUUAUGCAAAUGAAUCUGAUCUUCUGGCUUUUCUAGACUUCAAGAAUCGGAUAAUCCAAGAUCUUCUAGGAAUCAUGAACUCAUGGAAUGGUUCAAUCCAUUUCUACAACUGGGUUGGCAUUACUUGCAACCAAUCAAGCAAACGAGUCGUGGUAUUGAACCUCAAGUCCCUAACCCUGUUUGGUUCAAUCCCACCUUCAAUAAGAAAUCUCACUUACCUCACUGAAAUCCACCUGCAAAACAACAGCUUUCAUGGUGAAACUCCUCAAGAAAUGGGUUGUCUUCUGCAACUGCAGCAUCUUAAUAUAUCUUACAAUUCCUUUGGUGGUAAGAUUCCAACAAAUAUAACUCACUGCAAGGAGCUAAGGAAUUUUCUUGUAUUUAGCAACAAGCUUACUAGUUCAAUUCCAGUCCAGUUCAGUUCAUUGUCAAAACUAGUGCUCUUGAAUUUUGGCAGAAACAAUUUUACUGGAACCACUCCACCUUGGAUUGGAAACUUCACUUCUCUGGCCGCUCUUUCAUUUGGUGAAAACAAUUUUCAAGGAAGCAAACCUGAAGAUCUUGGCCACCUAACAGGCUUGGGGAGAUUCAUACUCAGUCAAAAUAAUCUCUCUGGUAUUGUCCCCCUUCAAUAUAUACUAUUUCUUCCAUGUUCUAUUUCACAUUUACUGUGA